AUGAGCGAAAGUAAAUCAAGCAAAUCAUUAACUACUGUUUAUCGCCUCGAACUUGAAGGAGAUGGAUCUCUUAGUAAAAGAAAGCAAUUUAUCCGCCUUCCACCUCCUGUAAAGCCUUACAUCCUUCGAUUCAACAUUCGUUCGGGUUCUUUUGCCUCACAUGGGGGGGUUUUAUAUACCAAUCAUCCUUUAGAUGGUGGAGACUUUGAAAGAGCAAGUUUUAGGGCUAUAAGAUUUCCGAAUGAUUUCUCCAAACCUCUCAACGUAGACAUCGUUAUCCAGCAAUCGGGAUCUUUUGAAUUUUAUGUCGAAUAUCAAAGUUUACCUACACCAGAGAAGACGAAAAUCACCACAAUGGUGUCUGAAAUGAACUACUUUACUGUUGAUCCGAUACUUGAAACAGCCCCACGAAAUCGAAUUCUAUCAGCUGAACCUCUUUCCGAUGAGAAUAAAAUCGUUCUUCCUCUAGAUGGAAUUGUCAUUCAGUCUUUGCUGCCAAAGUUGAUGGGUACAUUAUCUCAAUGGGAUGCUUACAUGAAAGAUAUAUCCGAUCUGGGAUACAAUAUGGUUCAUUUCGUGCCAAUGCAGGCUCGUGGUUCAUCAGAUUCCCCUUAUUCUAUAUACGAUCAAUUAUCAUUUUCAGAUGAUUUAUUUGAAGAAGAAGAUCGUAAUAAAAGUAACAAAGAAAAGAUCGGGAUAAUAGGACGAACCGUCUCUAGGCUUGAUGAAGAAUAUGGAAUUUUAAGUUUAUCCGAUAUCGUCUGGAAUCAUACUGCUUCAAAUAGUCAAUGGCUUCAGGAACACCCAGAGGCCUGUUAUAACUUGGUGAAUUCGCCGCAUCUCAUUCCUGCUUAUGAGCUAGAUUCGGCUUUUCGGGAGUAUUCGAAAAAUCUGUCUUCACUUGGGCUUCCAACCUUUGUCCAUUCCGAAUCGGAUUUGAACGCAGUUAUCGAAGGCGUAAAGCAACAUGUGAUUAAAAAGAUAAAACUAUGGGAAUUUUAUGUUAUUGACAUCAAGGAAGCUUUAGAAGAAUUCAAAAAAUCAUUAGAGAAUGAUACUCCAGUUGGCGAAAAUUUGUUUAAAGAUAUCAAUAUUGCCGCGCUUUCAUUUAAAGCACAGGCAGAUCUACUGGUCGAAAAAGGUCUUUUUGAAAAAUCUUCUUUUGGUCAAAGGUUUCAUAAAAAGAUCGACAUUGACGUGGCAAGAGCAUUCAUCGAUCGGUUGGUUGAUGCGUUGCCUGUUUCCGAAUACACCACAGAAAUCGAAGAAACAUAUGUUCCAACAAAUGAAGAAUUGAAGUUGUAUCAAGAUCCUGAGUUGAUUGAAACAGAAAAAAAAAAACAAAUAGAGGAAAUGUCCGGAGAAAAGAAAUCGAAUUUCUCACUUGAGUCCAUCACCGAACGACCUACUCUUGUCAGAGCAUCAUCGUCCAGAAGAUCUAGUACAAAGUCACAAGAAAAAUUUAUGGAGGAUACUCAAGUUGCUGAAAUAAAGUCUGGCAGUGUCGAACUUUCAUCCGAGGUCGAGUCAAGAGACACAUCUACCAAGCUUGGAUCAGGCUCGACCUCCACUGAGACCCGUUCGGAGAAUUCUCUCUCCAAUACAGAAGCUUUAUCUAAUGAACAACCUGUUGCCUCUACGGCUGUCAAACCAAGAGUUCGUCGUGUCAAAGUUACUUUAUCACUAAAUGAGAUUAAAAUAAAAAAAUUUAAUGCGCUCAUCAACGAAAUCAAUCUGCCAUUCUAUAAAGAAUAUGACAAUGACAUUGACAUUAUCCUCGAAAAUGCAAGGAAUCGCAUAAGAUACUUAAAACUUGAUCCACAGGGUCCGAAACAGGGAGAGAUUAAUAAACCGCACCCUCUUAUUGAAUCAUACUUUACACGUAUUCCUCUUAACGAAAAGACACGACAUUUUCCUGAAGGAGCACUUGUGGUUGCAAAUAAUGGCUGGAUAUGGAAUGCAGAUCCUCUGAAAGAUUUCGCUAGCAGCAAUUCGCGUGCCUACCUGAGGAGAGAAGUGAUUAUAUGGGGUGAUUGCGUUAAGAUGCGAUAUGGUGAAAGCAAGGAAGAUUCACCUUGGCUCUGGGAUCACAUGAAAAAAUACACCGAGCUAUUGGCAUCAUUGUUUCAUGGAUUUCGGAUUGAUAAUUGUCACUCUACUCCAAUUCACGUCGGCACCUAUCUUCUCGAUGCUGCUCGUUCCAUUCGACCAAAUCUCUAUGUUAUCGCGGAAUUAUUCACCGGUUCUGAGGAAACUGAUAUCAAAUUUGUGCGCAAGUUGGGCAUUAAUUCACUUAUUCGAGAAGCUAUGCAGGCAUGGGAUCCACGCGAGCUGAGUAGAUUGGUUCAUAGGCAUGGAGGAAAGCCCGUUGUUGGCCUCACGUCGCUCACAUCACCUACAAAUUACAAAGGAUCCAUGGAAAUGGAAUGCCUUGCGGACGUAUCUACCUGUACGGGUGUCGAUGGGCUUUCGGAUACUCCUUGUAUUGUUGUUCCUGUUCCAGGAUCUAAUCCACAUGCCCUCUACAUGGAUUGUACCCACGAUAAUCAAACCCCUCAUCAAAAACGUACAGCUGAGGACACUUUACCGAAUGGGGCUCUUGUUACAAUGACUUCUUGUGCUAUUGGAAGUGUAAAAGGCUACGACGAGGUUUAUCCGAAAUUGGUUGAUUUAGUUAAAGAAAAAAGACACUACAAGUUACAUGAGAGACCUCUUGAUGUUGUCAAAAAAGUUUUACAACAUUUACAUACUGAAAUGGCCAUCGAUGGAUAUAUCGAAACUCAUGUUUACCAUGAAAACGAUUGUGUUGUUGUACAUCGCGUUCAUCCACAUAAUCACAAUGGGUAUCUGGUAAUUGCUCAUUGUGCAUUCACUGGUCCCAGAAAAAACCGUGGUUCUCUAUCACCUAUGAAACUACGAGGCACCAAAGCAGAAUUACUGUUCUCUGUUAGCUUGGACGUUCACUUGAAUGAAUUCAUUCGUGAAAAAGAAUAUCUUACUGGACUUCCAUCAUCUCUUAGAUCUUUAAAUGCGCCAAGCUUAAUUGAAGGGAACGAUGAACACGGUCAGUUCACGGAAAUUACUUUACCGGAAGAAUUCCCUUCCGGUAGUGUUAUAUUAUUAAGAACAUGGGCUGACAAGCAACACAGUUCUCUCGAUGAAUUUAUUACUUCUGAUGUUGACGAGGUUUUUUCGGAUUUGAAUUUGGUUGAUCUAAAUAUCGUAUUGUAUCGCUGUGCUGGAGAAGAAAUGGACACUACUGGUCAUGGUGUCUAUAACAUUCCCGAUUUCGGAGAAAUUCCAUACAGCGGCCUGGAAGGGUUCAUGUCGGCGUUGCGUCCAAUUAUGAAAGAAAAUGACUUGGGUCAUCCACUAUGUACGAAUUUACGCAAUGGCCAUUGGGCUCUGGAUUAUGUAGUGGAUCGCCUUACAAGGCACCUGGAGUAUGCACCAAAUCUCAGGAAAUUGUGUAGUUGGUAUCGUGAAAGAAUCACCACCAUAAAGAAUAUUCCGAACUUCUUAAUUCCCAAAUAUUUUGCGUUGCUUAUUAAAACAGCAUAUGCAACAGCUAUAAGGCGGGCACUUAAUCAGAUGUCACCUUUUGUACGAGAAGGAGGAUCAUUUAUUCGAUCACUGGCUAUGUGUUCUGUUCAAAUGUACGGAACAGUAUUAUCCACAGGAUUGCACCCCACAGGAGUGAGUCCAUCAAUGGCUGCAGGAUUGCCUCAUUUUACUUACCGUCACAUGAGAGUUUGGGGUCGGGAUGUAUUUAUCUCGUUACGCGGCCUGUUUCUCACCACAGGAAAUUAUGAAGCGGCAAGGGAGCACAUACUUGCAUUUGGCGCUGUACUUAAGCAUGGGAUGAUACCUAAUUUGUUAGAUAGCGGUCGUCGCCCACGAUACAAUUGUCGUGACGCUACUUGGUGGUACCUCCAAGCGAUCCAGGAUUAUUGUAAAUUCUCACCUGAAGGGUUGGAUUUUCUCAAAACACCAGUUGUUCGACGAUUUCCAAAGAACGAUGUAUUCAUUGAAGCGGAUGACCCUUUGGCAUACAAAUACAAGACUACCAUUCUCCAAAUUAUACAAGAAAUUAUGGAACGUCAUGCACGUGGAAUAAGCUUUAAGGAGUGGAAUGCCGGUCCUAAUCUCGAUAGUAAAAUGACACCCCAGGGAUUCCUAGUUAACAUUAGCGUUGAUUGGAAUACUGGAUUCUUGAUUGGAGGUAAUAAACAUAAUUGUGGUACAUGGAUGGACAAAAUGGGUGAAUCAGAAAAGGCAGGAAAUAUAGGGAAACCUGCAACGCCAAGGGAUGGUGCAGCUGUGGAAAUCAUUGGAUUGCUGAAAUCCACGUUAAGAUGGAUAGUUGAAUUAUUAGACAUGGACAUUUAUCCAUGGAAAGGCGUAGAGAUUAAAGAGGGUCGUGUCAAAAGGCUUGUGACAUACGAUGAUUGGAAUGAUUUAGUUCAACAAUCAUUCGAAGAGAAUUUUUACAUUCCACUAGAACCGAAUAAAGAUUCAAGAUAUGUGUUGAAUCCUAAACUUGUCAGCCGUCGAGGCAUUUACAAAGACGUACACAAAUCAUCAAGAGAAUUCGAAGAUUAUCAACUGAGGCCGAACUUCCCAAUUGCAAUGGUUGUGGCGCCCGAAUUAUUUGAUCCACAUCAUGCAUAUCAAGCAUUGAAGACGGUACGCGAAGUUCUUGCCGGGCCUUUAGGUAUGCGUACCCUUGACCCUGCCGAUUGGGCAUAUCGCGGUGAUUAUGACAAUAACAACGAUAGUACAGAUCCGCACAUAGCUAAGGGAUGGAAUUAUCAUCAGGGCCCUGAAUGGCUUUGGGUUACCGGAUAUUUCCUUCGAGCAUAUUUAUAUUUUGAUACCCGAGUCGGUAAUGGAAAAAAUGAUCCACAUGAAACAGUGCAUGCCAUAACUCGUCAUCUUCUCCCACAUCGAUCAUUCAUCGAAACAAGUCCCUGGGCCGGUUUACCUGAAUUGACUAACACAGACGGAGCAGAAUGUUUGCACGCAUGUCCCACUCAAGCAUGGUCAGCUGCAACAUUACUAGAUUUGUUUGAUGACAUAAAGAAACUUGAAAAUUCUCUAAACGCGUGA